CCGCGUCCAAGACGAGAGAGCCAGCCAAAGCCGGUGAGUCCACCUACAACACACACACACACACACACACACACACCGAUACGGGCAUGCCUACACCAAUGAUCAUAGCGAGCCAGCGAUUGGACGAAGCAGGACAAGGUCGGGCAUGGCGUGCCUUGGUACCUGCGUGCUUUGCCCACACACAUACGGAUACACACGUGGUGAAUCCAGCAAUACACGUACCGUAUGUACCCCUUUCUUCUUCUUUUCUUUUGCGCGCUUACGUAUAUACAGCAUAGUGCCCAGGUGCUCACCUGAAUCGUACAGAUACGGCCGCGCUAUCCGUACUGCUCAGUUGAUGGACGGGGAGAGGGUUAACUUCCGGCAUGUCGUGGCCAAAUGUGCUCACCCAUCUGUCCGUUUAACUCUAUCCUCAUAUUUUGGGUGCUGGGGUGGAAUCACCCUCCUUGCUCAUCAGCCCAUACGCCAGCGCUACUCACGCCAGUACCAACCGAUUGCCGCGACGAAGAUGGCAGAUAGAGCAAGUCAGGCAAGCCAGCGAUACAGGAACAGGGUCAUACCCGAGCCAAAAGGGACUUUACACUUUGUUCAAGACUCGAAAGGGAGGAAUGGGGCCAGCGAGGGGUCAAGGCACCCAUCAAGAACAGACAAGUCACCCAAAGUAACUGCAGGGAUGACGCGGAUGGGCGAUGCCUUCAACGCGCGCACAGUCACUCUAUUCUGGACACACAGGGACAGGCUUUGAGGGAGCCGAUCCCUCGAAGCCAAUCAACAAGGACCAGCGUACCGUUCGCUGAGGAUGAAUGGAUGACAUGGCUCCUGGGU